AGUGUUGUUCUAGCAAAGACAUUUGAAGCGCCGUCGUUUCAUCUUUCGUCGUCGCUUUGAAAAGGAAAAACCCUAAUUACAAGUCACAGAGGAAGAGAAACCAGAGCUAAAAAACCCUAACAAUUCAGAAACACAAAGAAUGGGGGGAAAAUGUCCUCACAGAAACGUGAAGAAAAGAAGAUAUUCUCACAAGACACAGCGCCGUACCAAAUUCCUUAUCAAAGGUGAUGACAUGGUUUAUGAGCAGCUAAAUAAAGCUGAAGAAGAGAGAAACCCUUUACCUGUUGAUGAAGAUUUGCCUGGGAUGGGCCAGUACUAUUGCCUUCAUUGCGAUCGAUACUUUUCCAAUGUAGCUGUGAGGGAUGAGCAUUUUAAGACCAAACGACACAAGAGGCGUGUAAAACAAAUGAUGGGUCCAGCGCCACAUACGCAACUUGAUGCCGAGUUAGCUGCAGGAAUGGGUAUGCCAGACAAUGGACCAAAGCUAAUGUCUAUGUAAUCAUGUUUUGGUAGUUAGUGGGAAGAUUGUCUUAAAAGGUGGUGUUAUAACAUAUAGAGCUAGUUGUUACAUUACAACAUAAGCAAUAUUAUCUCAAUUUUUUCAACCCAUUUUUUUGUUUAGUU